AUGGAUGAGGAUAUGAGUAUGGAUGCUUCAUCGGGAGAUCUCGUGUUCGUGCAAGACUGCACGGGGAGCCAAGGGACGUACAUCUCGUCCGCAACGAAGAACAUCGAGGCGAUCUGCGCGCACAUCUUCGAGUCGGGGCGGCUGCAGAGCGCGGAGGACCUGCGCGUCGGCCUCGUUGCGUUCCGCGACCACCCGCCGCAGGACCACACGUACAUCACGAAGAACUUUGGCUUCUCGUCGGAUAUCAGCCAGGUGCAUAAGCAUCUGUCCACGCUGUAUGCGAGUGGGGGCGGGGAUGGGCCGGAGGCGGUUACGGCUGCCCUUGCGGAGGCACUGAAUAUGGAGUGGAGGGAGUAUGCGAGUAAGAUGGUCGUGCUUAUUGCGGAUGCGCCGCCCCAUGGCAUUGGGGAGUACGGUGAUGGCUUUGACGAUGGGUCGCCUGAUGGACAUGAUCCAUUGCAGUUGGCGAGAGCGAUGGCGCAGAAGGGGAUCACUCUGGCAAUUCUUCGUCGCCUGCGAGCCUGCGCUCAGUGGAUACUCCGGCUGAUGCUCCCACUGACAACCGCGGACCUGCUGACGCACGCGAUUGUCGGCAGCGUGCUCGAGAACUUGGACAUGGAGCGCCUCGUGCGCGAGGUCGGCGCGGCGGUCGCGCAGCGCAUCCUGGGCAACAACGAGAGCGUCGACGACGUUGCGCGCGAGCUGCAUGAGAAGCUGCUGCUGAGGAACGAGAGCACGAAGAAGGUCGUGAUUGAGAGCAUAUACAAGGAAUCGGCGGAGGCGAAGCAUAAUGUCGCCGUGUUCACCCAGGCGCCGACGUUGGAAGAUGCGAGGCCGUUGCUUAAGCGGGUACACGGCACGCGAUUCACAGAGAAAUACCUGCAAAUGCGGCAUAACCUCAGCCGGUCCUCAUACACAUCGUACAGCAGCCCAUCGUACUCAUCGCCAUCGAUUACGCGGGCGAGCGUGCCGUCGUCGCCCAUCAAAUCAGGCGCAGUGCCGCCAGCGUCGCCGCCGCGCAAGGUCGUGACAGACUUUGCGGCGUUCGGGGCGCCCAAGUCGGCGAGUGUGUUUGGGACGGCUGUUGCGUCGACGCCGUUCUCGCUCGCGGGUGGCAAGGCGGCGUUUGGUGGGAUGCGGAUAGGCGCGGGGAGGAGUGCGUUUGAUGAUGAGGAUGAGGACGAGGACGAUGGGAGGCAGAAGAUUGAGUUGAGGGAGGAUUCGAUAUCGUUGGAUCAGGCCCGACGGAUCGCGAUGCAGAGCGCAUGGAGAAGUGCACGAGCUUGA